AUGCACGCAUGCCCGGUCAUGGCUGGAACACCCAUCGAGGCGAGCGGCAUCAUCCCUAUCAGCCAGAACGACGUUGCUGGCAUCCCCGAGAUCGCUCUAUCUAUCCCAGACUUCGAAGGCCAAGCCAUUCUGAGGAUUUUUUCCAAUGCGACCCAGAGCGAAAUUGGCUGCUAUUCCGGUGUGGUGACCAAUGGAAGUUCGUUUUCUCAACCAGCAUGGGUUAGUUCCAUCCUCGGAGCAUUCACCAUGGUUGCUGUCGUUGCCUCCUUUGUUACCGCCAUUUACGGGGAGAACGUGCCUGAUAUGCGUAAGCACUAUGCUCACUCAUUCUCGGUUUUGAUUGUCUUUGCCGUCUGGCAGCACAUCUUUUUCAGUGGGGCGCUCUCCAUGAACUGGCCUAGUGUGCUCGUCGCUUUCUGGAGCAACUACGCGUGGGCUGGUGGGAUAAUCUAUACCGAGGCUAUGCAGAAUACAAUCAACAACUUCAUCGGUAGCAACCAAGGGAAUACAUCGCACAUGGGUGCGGCCGGAACAGGCGUUGCGAACCCAAGCCUCGGCGGUGGUUUUGAUAUCCAGAAGAUCUACCGGAGAAACGAGCUACCCGACUUUCCCGACGCUCUGGGGUCGAACGAGACCCUCGUUGAUCGAUUUGGACAACUGCUGACAAAGAGAGAGGUCUUCGAGAAAUUGAUGUCGAAGAGAGACACCGCAACUAACUCAAGCGCAUCUUCUUGGUACGGCCACCCUGUAAAGCCAGGACUCCCUCUUCCUGGAAAUUUCUCUGGCUUCGCCGGUACGCUGGCUCAGGAGAACAUUCCCGCUUCGAACGCGUUCAUGACAGGCUUCCUAUGGUUCCUUGUCCUGGUUGCAGGGGUAGCUGUCUCCGUUGUGGCCUUCAAACUCCUUGUCGAAGGCAUGAGUGUGAUGAAGAUGAUGAAGCGCGACCGCCUGCUCUACUUUCGGAGGCAUUGGCUCGGAUACACCAUGCUUGCCGUCCUCCGCACACUCUUCAUUGGAUUCUUUAUGCUCAUGUUUCUUACUCUUUUCCAGUUCAGCUACCUUAGCUCAUCUAGACCGGUCGCUCUCGCCAGCGUGGUCUUCGUAACCAUGCUGCUUGCUUUGGGUGGACUCGCUGGGUAUGCGUGUUUCCACAGAAUCCAGUUCGGUCGUUACACAUCCGAACCGGACCGACUGAAUAUCGAAAAGAAAAGAUUGCUCAAAGUGAUCCCUUGGUACAGAUUGGAACGGAACAGCGACUUCCCACGCUCGGAGGACAAGACGUAUGCCGGCUCGAUUCGAUGGUGGACAAUCAGUUCCGCAUCCGAAGAGCAGUCGGUGCACGAUGAUGACGGUUACACCAAGAGAUUUGGAUGGCUUACUGCCCGCUUUCGUAGAACGAGGUGGUGGUUCUUCGCAGUCUGGCUCGUGUACGAAUUUGCGAGAGCUUGCUUCCUGGCCGCGGCGUCUGGGUCGCCAAUGGUGCAGGUUUUCGGUCUCCUGGCGGUCGAGUUCAUCGCAUUCAUCGGGCUCGUCAUCCUCCGCCCAUUCGAAGGCCAGCGACUGAACGUCAUUGCUGUGUACUUUCUUGGAUUCAGCAAAGUUGUGACAGUCGCCCUCUCCGCUGCAUUCGACAUCCGGUUUGGCCUCCCACGAAUCACCGCAACAGCCAUUGGUAUCGUUAUCGUCGUCAUCCAAGGUCUCCUUACCAUCGCCGUCCUGAUAUGUAUCAUGCUAGGCGUCAUCUCAAGCUACAUGUCGGUCAUGCGCAAUCGUGACAUAUUUCAUCCGAAGCGGUGGGUAUCGAUCCGUGGAAAGUACUUGGACCAUCUGGAAUUCAAGGUGAAGGAUAUCCCGCGACCACCAAAGCCCAAGCCGGAACCUGUAGCUGAACCAGUCGCGAUGGAGCCGGGGCUACCGAAAGAACCGUACUUCACUGUAAGCAGCAUUCGACGAAUGGCCAAGGUCGAAGACGAGGAUGAAGAGUUCAUGAACGAAAUCAGCGGCGAAUCUUCCCAUUUGGCUCUGGAUUUACCAAAACGCGACUCGUUGAAUGGGACCGCAGUAGGCCGUCAACGUUCUCCGAGCAUCCGCUCGAACAUGUCAUACUCGAGUCUGCCGUACGGUGCACGUGUGCAUCGUGCGAGCUGGAGCACCCAAGACUUUGCCGAGGACUUUGCACCAACGCGCCAAAGAACGUUGAGUAACCCAUUGUAUACCCCAGAAGGAGGCAGCCGAUUCACGAGCAGUGGUGUGCCCCCACUUGUCACCCGAAUUUCAAGCGGCGAACGCGCAGCACGGCAAUCGAGCCCGCUCAGCGCAGGUGUUUCUCGAUCUAUCGCGCCGGUGAGAUAUCCAACGUACGAAAACACUAGUGUGAGCCCGAUUCCUCGACCUAAGAGUACGCCGAGAGGCGGGAUUUCUGGUGGAUCAAGACGGCAGCUACAAACAGUGGUCAGCGAGUCGCACAUUCCAACUGCCCCGACCAGCGCCCACGCUAUGGACGUAACGACGAGACACAAUGAAGAUGGGACAUGA